CUUUUUCUCGCCAUAUUUUCCCUCUUUCUUAAAAAAAUCUAGCUCAUAUUUCCCCUUAUCACUCUCCAUAGUUCAAAAUUCUAGGGUUUUUCUAAAUUCAAAUUCCGUUCUGUUUUUAUUCAAUUCGUCGAUCGUCAAAGGCAAAUAUAGCGGCAAAAAUGUGUUGUCAAUUUCCGGCAUGGGAAUUCGAGCCAUUUCGAUAGCUGAUUUGAUUUUCUUCAGUAACUCUUCAAAGGUAUGACUUAAGCCUGUGGUCUGUUUCAAUAUAUAGCAAAUUACUUUUGUGCCCUUCCAUGGCCUUACUAUGGGAUGGACGUGUUCCGAUUUGAAUCCACAGAGUUGCAAUUUUUGUGGCGUUUAUAUGCACAUUUUGUGUAGUUCUAGUGUUGGUAGUGUUUUGUUUUUUGCUUGGGGUUUCUGUGGACAUGUUUAAGCAGAUUUUGGGGAAGCUUCCCCGGAAGCCGUCAAAAUCAUCAUCAUCAUCAUCUAACAGUGACUCGAAUCACAGUGAAGUUUCAGCAUUCUCAUCAGUUAACUCAAAUUCGAGCUCUAAUAGUAGUAAUAACUCAAAGGGGUUGGGAAAUAUGGGGAAAAUGUCUAAUUCAACAAGUUCCGGUGUGUCUCAGCUUACUAGCAAUGGGAAUCAUGUCCCAGUGAAGCCGAAUCAAGGGAAAAAACCUGUCCGGGUUAAUGAACAGGCUGGAACCUCUGUUAUGAACUCCAUGUUAUCCUCCUAUGAGGUUCUUCCAAGUUUUCGGGAUGUCCCAAGUUCAGAAAAGCAAAAUCUUUUGAUUAAGAAGUUGCAAAUGUGUUGUGUACUGUUUGAUUUUGGCGACCCUACGAAGAAUCUGAAGGAGAAGGAUGUCAAGAGGCAGACAUUGCUUGAACUAGUUGAUUAUAUUUCAUCUGUGAAUUCCAAGUUUAAUGAAGUUACGAUGCAAGAAAUAACGAAAAUGGUUGCUGCCAAUUUGUUUAGGACAUUUCCCUCGCCGAAUCAUGACAAUGGGCUACUGGAUAUGUUUGAUCCUGAAGAGGAUGAGCCCACUAUGGAACCCUCGUGGCCUCACCUUCAGGUUGUUUAUGAGUUUCUUCUGCGAUUUGUGGCUUCAUCAGAGACGGAUGCUAAGCUUGCAAAAAGAUACAUUGACCACUCUUUUGUCUUGAAAUUGCUUGAACUGUUUGAUUCAGAGGACCAACGAGAGCGGGAAUACUUGAAGACAAUUCUUCAUCGCGUAUAUGGGAAGUUCAUGGUGCACAGGCCAUUUAUCAGGAAAGCCAUAAAUAACAUAUUCUACCGAUUUAUCUUUGAGACUGAGAAGCACAAUGGAAUAGCAGAACUAUUGGAGAUCUUGGGCAGUAUAAUUAAUGGGUUUGCUCUGCCUUUAAAGGAAGAGCACAAGCUUUUUCUUGUCCGUGCAUUGAUUCCCCUUCACAAACCUAAAUGUGUAGCCAUGUAUCACCAACAACUCAUGUAUUGCAUCACACAAUUUGUGGAGAAAGACUGCAAGUUGGCAGAUACUGUGAUUAGAGGACUUUUGAAGUACUGGCCAGUAACCAAUAGUGGCAAGGAGGUCAUGUUUCUUGGUGAGUUGGAGGAAGUUCUGGAAGCUACCCAAGCUGCAGAGUUUCAAUGGUGUGUGGUCCCUUUGUUCCGUCAGAUUGGUCGUUGUCUCAAUAGCUCGCAUUUUCAGGUAGCUGAACGUGCUCUAUUCCUGUGGAAUAACGAUCACAUUAGAAACCUAAUAAUUCAGAAUCGUGAAGUGAUUUUACCCAUAAUUUUCCCCCCCUUGGAGAAAAACACCAAUGGUCACUGGAACCAAGCUGUUCAAAGUCUGACAUCAAAUGUGAGGAAGAUAUUUUCAGAUGCUGAUCAAGCACUUUUUGAUGAGUGUUUAGAGAAAUUCCAAGAAGAUGAGAUAAAAAGCAAGGAGAUGCAGGAGAGACGGGAAUUGACCUGGAAACGUUUAGAAGAUGUAGCAGCUUCCAACUUUGUGAGUAAUGAAGCUGUGCUCGUCUCUAGAUAUGCUUCUUCUGUCGUCAUUGCUACCAGCAACAAUUCACGGACAAAUAUGGGUAGUUGAAGAAAGCUUGCUUGCUAAUCUAGAAUUUACUAUUUUCAAUUAGUUGAUGAACCGUAGAUGUGGGCCCAAGAAUUGUAUUUUGUUACUUGGUGCUACAUCCAUGGUAAUGAUCUUAGCCGCCAGACAUUGAAGGUGAAAAUGGGGUUUGUGGAUACCAAGUUUCUCUUAUUUUUCUCUUAAUUUCUGCUUUUUUGGGGGGGCUGAGAAGCUGGUGUGCUCGGCUCAUUGCUUUUGGUCCCAUCUGCACGGGGCGUUUGUACUAUAAAGACUUAAGGUCUCAGAUAUACUCUUGGGAUUCUUGCUGAUAGCAAUAUUUAUUUGGUUAUAUUUAUUGAAAGAAGGAAUAUUUAUUUGGUGAUA